GUACAGCAAAUUUUUACCACCAUCCACAUUGCGCCCACAACUGAAUGGCCAAAGUUUAAAGAGUCAACAUCCUUAUCCUAACCUUCGAUGACAAGUAGGCAUCGAUGCACCUACUUUCAUGGUCAUCAUGCGAUCCAAAACUAAAUCGAACCGGAUCGAAAUUGCGCUGGACCAGUUCAUUUGCCAAAGAAUGUCGCGAUAGGACGUCGAGUUUGCGAAACGCGUAGCGAAGUCUAUACUUUGAACGUCGGCUACCAGGAACUUGACAACUCGUAUGCUCUGAUCUUGGGGGCUCUCGAAUCAUUGAAGGACUGGAACGAUAUAAGAACCUCAACGAAACACAGACGGUUCUCAACUCAACUCAGCUUCUCAGCUGCAAAAUAUCUACGUUUCUUUCAACAAGCUCAAACUCACCGACGUCCCAGCCUUCAACAAUGGCUUCAACCACGAUCUCUCAGUCUCGUCCCAGUUACAUGAACCCUAAUGCUAAUGCCAUGGCUAUCGUUGGAAUGUCUAUUUCUGCUCCAGGCGGUGUCGACGAUGGAUUGGAUACUGCGGAAUUCUACGAGUUCUUGAAGGCUCGUGGAUCCGGCAUUAUCGUCGUCCCAAAGGAUCGCUGGAACGCCGAGGCGUAUCAUGGUUCCCAACCAGGGAAGAUUCUCACUACUAAGGGAGGGUACAUUCCGAACUUCACCGUUGGUGAUCCUCAAGAGUUUGGUAUUACGCCUGCAGAAGCGGCUCAAAUGUCUUGCACACAACUCUCGACGCUACACCAAGCAUUUAACGCUCUGCAGCGCAGCGGCGUUGACUUUCGUGGAACGAAUACAGGUGUAUAUGUCGGUUGCGCUGGGGGUGGACCUCCCUUCGACUUUGACAUUACUGAGGCUGGAGCGUACUACAUGACCGGUACUUCACUCGCUAUUAGCGCUAAUCGUAUCAGCUACGUCUUCGAUAUGACCGGACCAUCUCUGCCAGUCGACACCGCUUGCUCUUCCAGUCUUACUGCGAUGCAUCUCGCGGUACAAGCUAUCAGAAAUGGGGAAUGUGACCAAGCGGUCGUUGCAGGUGUCAACAUUAUCAUGAGCCCUCUUGAAACGUCCUCCUUCAGUCAACUGGGUGUCUUGAGUCCGGAUGGUAUCUCCAAGUCUUUUGAUGAAGAUGCCAACGGAUACGCGCGUGGUGACGUUGUGGGUGCAGUGGUGAUUAAACGUCAUGAUUUUGCAGUUAGAGACCACGAUCGAGUUUUGGCUACUCUCGUUGGUUCAGCUUUGACGUCUUGCGGCUCAUUGAUGGGCUCUUUGACAACUCCUAGUCCCGAUGCUCAGACUCAGGCAAUCAAGAAUGCCUACGCUGACGCAGGCCUAGUGCCCAGCCAGGCCGACUUCAUCGAGCUUCACGGCACAGGAACGAUAGUUGGUGACCAGAUCGAAGCCAAUGCUGCUGGUGCCUGUUUCUCCGAAGGUCGUGAAGGCAGAGAGAUUGUGAUCGGUUCAGUCAAAAGUAACGUCGGUCAUGGUGAAAUGGGUGCUUACAUUAGCUCCAUCGUGAAGGUCGUGAUGAUGUUGGAACAGAAGCAAAUUUUGCCCAACGGUUAUUUCAAGAAACCUUCCUCCCGGAUCAACUUUGAAAAGUUCAACCUUCGUGUGCCUCUCGCCGUGGAAGAUUUUGUUCCCCACGACCGCAAUCAAGGACUUAUCGCGUCGAUCUCUAGUUUCGGGUUUGGAGGCUCUUGUGGUCAUACUGUCCUUCGCGAACACGAGGCCAGACCGAUUCUUCCAGACUACCAUUCGCUGAACUCGGCCCCUUAUCUGUUCGCUAUUGGUGGACUUACUCCACGCAGCGUAAACUCCCUGAUCGAAAGUUACAAAGCCGAGUAUACGAAGGUUGAUCCUGGAUCACUCUCGGAGCAUCUUGGAUCUCGUGCUCGUCAAAUGAGCUGGAGGUCCUUCGCUGUCGCUGAUUCACUUGCCGAAGCCAGGUUUACGGAACCUGUGAUGGUUAAUAAACGAGCUGUUCCUCUAGUGUUCUGUUUCUCAGGACAAGGUCCUCAACACUGGCAACAAGGUCGUGAUUUAUUCAUGAAGUAUUCGGUCUUCCGUGAGAGUAUCCUUGCAUCGGACAAGGUCCACACAGAGUAUACGGGGAAAUCGUUCCUCGCGAACUCUGGUCUGUUCCUUCCUGACCCGCCGAAGGAUUCGAUUCUCGCGAAAUCGUUGACAUGGCCCGCUGAUGCAAUCUCUAUCAGUAUUGCCUUCUUCCAGAUUGCUCUUUACGAUCUAUUGGUUCAUCUUGGUCUCAAGCCAGAUGCUAUUGUUGGCCACUCUAUCGGUGAAACUGCAGUUCUUUACGCCAGUGGUGCAAUGCCCCGAGACAUGGUCAUUAAGAUCGCUAUUGCUCGAGGUGGUGCCCUUUGCGUCGUCGACAACAUCGGCGGUGCCAUGGUCGCUCUUUCUGGUUGCGAUAGCGCAACAGUUCAAGACUACAUUGACACCAUUAUUGCUAUAUCCGAUAACCCCAAGGCUGGUGUUACCGACACGCUCCAUAUCGCUGCUCGCAAUAGUCCUACCGACUUUGGUGUUUCUGGUGCCGAAUAUCUAGUCGACGAAUUGACGAAAUACAUUGACACGUGGAUCUCUGGGGUACUUGCACGCAAGCUUCGUGUCGGGACUGCAGUUCAUUCACCUUAUGUCAAUGCUUGCGAGGCGCAAUACCGCCAGGAGCUUUACAGGAUCUUUGCCUCAUACCCUGGUCCUCACAGACCGAAGAUUCCUGUCAUGUCCACUGUCACGGCUGAGUUUAUGACUACUGAAUACACGGUCGAUUAUCUGUGGAAUAACCUUCGCCAACCUGUACGCUUCUGUGAUGCGAUACCGAAGAUCAUGGAGAAAUACGGAGAGUCGACUGUUUUCCUGGAAAUUGCUCCUCAUCCUGUCUUGUCUUCGUACAUUAAACAGAUGGGUGCAGUUGAAUCUGUUCCCGGGAGCAAACGACCACCUUCUGCACGCCACAUCAAACCCGGAUCUCGUCCUCCUACCGAACUCGAUACCCUUUACGAUUCGCUUGGUAACCUCCUUGUGUGUGGUGUCAACUCGGUCAACUUUGCACUCUUGAACGGGUGUCCCCCGGAGAAGAUUCAAGAACCGAAAUACCCCUUCCAGCUCAAGUACUUCCCAAUUGGACAUCGUGUUCCCAGUUACUUGCACAAACUGCUUCCUGCCGAAAGACCACUCAACAGUGAACGACUCCGUGUCAGUCCUCGACUUCCCGAGGAUUGGAUGGCAGAUCAUGUUAUUGACCAAUCUAACCUGAUUCCUGCUGCUGCAUACAUUGAAAUGGCUCUUGAAUUCCCCGAUGUCACUUCUGUUUGGGACUGUCGGUUCGAAUCUGCGUUUAUCCUUGAUGGUAACGUACCAGCCUCUACGUUGAAGGUGUCUCAGGACGGAAACAAGUGGAGUGUAAGAUCUUCGAGUUCCCUUCAAAGCAUGCAAGGAGACUUGAGUUGGACACGUUCCGAACCCGAGUUUGAUAGUUUACAUGCAUAUGGAAAAGUCGGCUAUGGGAAGCCAGAGAUCAGUCCAGGUGGUAUUACCCACAUUGAUGUGGAUGCAGUUAUCGCCCGAUGCAAGACGACUGUCGGGCACGACGCAGUGUACGAAGAACUGGAGGGAGUUGCUCAAUUUGGAACCGAAUUCCGUCGUAUCCAAAAGAUCUCUGUGAACGAAAAUGAGGCUAUCGUCAGGAUUAAGGGCCAUGGGGAGACAUUGACUCGGACUGGUUAUGCUUUCCACCCUGCAUUGAUGGAUGCUGUGUUCCAGUCUGGUAUUGGUUGGAACUUGCUUUACGAUCACGUCAAUGUCGGUAAUGUGGAACGAACGUUCAUGUUGCCCCACUCCUUGCGUCGUGGUUUCCGAAACGAUGGAAGCACUGACCCGUUGGUUUUCCCGGAUGAGUUCAAUGUUUAUGGUGUCCUGGCCUAUUGGUCGCCCUCGUCCUGGACCCUGGAUUGUUACGUCCUGAAUGACAACAACGAUGUUGUCUUUACGUUUGAAGGUUUGCAUUUUGAGCUGGUCCAACAGGACCACUCCAAGAUCUCUGAACGCUUCAGCAUGGUUUGGCAGCCCCACGCCCUCCCUCAGUCUCACAUCCGGGGACAUGUAACGCUCGACGACGACCAGUCUGCUGAACUCCAAGAUUUGCUUGAUGUUCUGGAUAGGCUGGCGCUCGGGUACACGACGAACGCGCUCAGCCGCCUCCCCCCCGAUUUCUCGACGACGCUCCCAGAUCGCAAGAGAUACAUGGUUUGGGCUCUUGAACAGACCUGCGGAAUGUCCACAACUUCGUUGAUGAAGAUGGAGGAUGUAUCACCCGUUCUGAAGGAGAAAUAUGCCUCUUUAUUCGAGCUUACUCAGCGGGUUGGAGAGGGCCAGUCAGAUAUCUUCGUCAAUUCCAAGGCCGCCGUCGAUAUCCUCUUCCGAGAUGACUUGAUGAGCCGAAUCUAUGAGCACCCACCGUUCAUUGGAAGCGUGUUCGAUGAGACCGUCAAGGAAUUCAUCAAGUUAGUGAAGAGUGCCAUUGAUGCUGGCAAGCGUGUUGUCCGUGUUCUUGAGGUCGGUGCAGGUACUGGUCGAUUUACUGCUCUCUUGGGCCAAGCUCUCCUCGACGCGAAACUGGAACACUGCUACGUUGAUUACGUCUGCUCCGACAUUUCGAUCUCUCUUGCCCAAGAGGCAACUGCCAAGUCACCGUGGAACACGAUAGUCCCUGUCGCUUUUGAUCUCAACAAGCCGUUGGAAGAGCAAAACGUUGAUCCUGCCAGUUUCGAUAUCAUUGUCGCUUUCGAUGUCCUUCACGCCACGCCAAACAUUCUCGAUACACUGUCCGUCCUUCGCGAAUUGUUACUUCCUGGUGGUCAUUUGGCCAUCAUUGAGCUGGAUGGAAACUCGUUUGCCUCCGGCGCUGUCGGAAGCAUUUGGAUGGACUAUAUUUUCGGAUCAUUUCAGGAAUGGUUCGGUGUUCUCGAGCACCGUGAUGCCUCACACUGUUCCUUGAGCAAGGCAGAGUGGAACCGAACUUUGCGAAGUUCAGGUUUCACUGAUAGUCUCUUCCUCACUACUAGAGGAGCUGCCGUGUCCCACAUGGCUUUUGUUACUCAAACCACGCAGACAGCCCUCAAGAAAAUAUCUGGUCAAUCGACGCCGUCGCUCGAAAGCGACCGUCCUUCAUCUCAUCUGCGCUCCCUCUCGUUGUCAUCCGUCUCUACGCCUUUCCCUCCCUCUCCUUAUCUUUCUGAUCAGCAACCAUCAUCUUUGGUUUCCAUAGAGGAGCACCCGCUGCUGAAAAGUCUGGAAGACACAAAUUAUUUCACCCCUACCAAGCAGAGGACGUUCACACCUACCCUUCCCACCUUCAUUUCUCAAGAUGAUCUUCGUCGUUUCACCCCCUCACCCGAUAAUGCACUCCCACCCAACACCAUCAUUCGCCGUUUUGUGGCAGGAGAUGAGGUUGAACUGGUCAACUAUGUUGCCACUCUUGAUACCAGCGUUCCUUUGAAGAUCUGGCUCCACUCUGACAGCGAAACGACCAACGCGGUCUUAUUGGGACUCGGUCGGUCGCUCAGGCAUGAGUUUGGACUCUGGAAGAUCUACAUUGUUCUCUUCCCUACGUCAUGGAGCUUCUCGACUCAGGAGGACUACAUUCGCAAUCAACUCAUUCCGUUGCGAUGGGUUGAUGCGGAGGUUAUGGUCGAUGAGGAAGGGAACAUGCGAGUACCGCGUGUCGUAGCAGGGCCUGAUGCACCGGAAACGGAGUUGGCAAGCGCAAAGCCUUUGCGUUUCAAUGACACUGACUUCUGGCGAGCCUUCCCUCAUCCUCUGGAUGCUGAAGAUGUCCAUGUCUCUGUCUCGUUCAUCACCCUGUCGAGUGUUAUCCCAGGCCACUGUGAGUUUUCUGGAAAGGUUGAGGCCGUUGGAAGAAAUGUUGCCCAAACCUUGAUUGGCAAGAGAGUUAUGGGGGUCACUUCUGCUCACAAAGGCAAUUUCGUAAUCUGCCAUCAGGGUUGUGUUUCGGUUGUGCCCGACAGCAUGAGUCUUCCCUUCGCUGCAGCCCUUGCUGGACGCUUAGCGUUCACAUCUUCCGUUGUUGUCGAAUCCCUUGUUCAAGCCAAACCCGGCGCUCGCAUCAUGCUUCACGCUUCGGAUUGUUCUCCAGCCGCUAUGGCCACCUUUGCCUACCUCCAAGAGCGCAACUUCGACACCUUCGUCACAGUUUCCGAUCCCGCUUCCCAUCACAUACCUCACAAGAAUGUUCUCGGAUCUAGCAAUGUUCAAGUCUGGUCUCACGCAGCUCGAAGGUGGUCCUCAGAAGGUGCCGACUUCAUAUUCAACUUUGAAAACGAUCCGAUUGUUUUGGAGGAGUCGGUUGAAAGACUUGCUCGACGAGGGACGCUCAUCCAGAUUGGAGACAAUUAUCCCUCGCGCAUCCAUUCUGGGCAGCGCUUCAAAUCGGUUGGGUUCGAUCGCCUCUUCUCUGGGGAGGAGAAUAUCUUGGAGCACGCGCUGCAGACUAUUUCUCGACAAACCAUGACACGUAUAUCACCAUCUUCGCUUAUUUUCCAGGCCGACGCUCUCAAACUUGCGCAUUCGAAAGCCGCCAAUUACAAGGACAUGUCGAUCCUUCUCGAUUUUGAAACGCUUCCGGAGGACAUGACAGUGUACAAACCAGGAAGGAUGCGCGGUACGGACGUCUUCGAUCCCCGUGCAUCGUAUGUUGUGAUUGGUGGUGUUGGCGGUCUUGGUGUUAAUAUUGCCCGAUGUUUGGUGGACGGCGGAGCUCGGCAUGUCGUAUUGACCUCACGCUCCGGUAACAAGGCCUUCGCAAAUGGCGGACUUGCUAGAGAGAAGAGGAUCAUCAGGUACUUGCGCGAGCAGCCCGGUGUUACUAUCGAUGUUGUUGCGGUUGACUGUCUUGACGAAGCCAAGACGAAGACCUUGUUCUCCAACCUCCCCAACAUUGCAGGCAUAUUCUAUGUUGCUGUUAGGCUCAAUGAUGCCCUCUUCCUCAACCUCACCACAGAGGAGGACUGGAAGAAAGUGUACGAUGUCAAGAUCAAAGGCCUUCGUGUCCUCCUUGAUGCUGUUGAUCCCAAGAAACUCGACUUCCUGGUGCUAACUAGUUCAAUGGCUACUGUCAGCGGAUCUCCUGGACAAGUCAACUAUGCUGCCACACAAACAGAGAUGGAGGCGAUGGGUGCCAAGAUUCCUAACUGCAUCUCGGUCACAGUUCCACCCUUGACUGAUGGAGGUGUUUUCGUGCGAAGCAUGCCCACAGGUAAUGCUCGCAGCGCUGCACUAGACAAGUACAAGGACCUUGGUAUGACCGCAAUCAAAUGUGCUAUGCACUGUAUCGAUGCUAUCUGGACGAUUGGAACCCCAGCGUACCAGCCUGUUUACAUCCCGAAGACGAACUGGAAGAAAGUCAUGGAAAUUGCUGUUCCCGAUUACCAUCGAGCCGCUAUGAGGCACUUGUUGGUGAAAGAAAACUCAGACGCAUUAGCUUCAAAUGGGAAAGUCGAGCAAACGAUCCUUGGGGCUUGUGCCUCUGUGCUGUCGCUCGAAAUUGACCGCGUCGAAGACAACAUUCCUCUUUCAACCUAUGGUUUGGAUUCAUUGACGUCGGUCCGUCUCAGUGGAAUCCUCAAGACUUACUUCAACGUCGAGGUGACUCAAUUACAACUGCUGAGUCAAACAAUGACAGUUGCGAGACUGUAUCAGCUCCAGGAAGAACAGAAGGCAGCCGCUGUCAACAACCCCGCCAAAGCCGAGUCUACAUCUGAUCAAGAGCAGACCACCAACGUCCAUGAAGCCGAUCUCGAUCAAACCAUCGUUCGUCUGAACAACGUUACCGAGGGUAAACCGCUCUUCCUGAUGCACGGUGCUGGUGGUGGCGUUGUUGUCCUCGUCAAAGCAGCUCAAAAGGCCCACUAUCCUGUCUACGGUGUUCAGGACACUCCGGAAGCUCCCAUCACUGGUACCUUGCGACAGCUCUCCGAGUUCUAUCUCAGAAAGAUUCGGGAGAAGCAGCCUGAUGGACCUUACCGACUUGGUGGAUUCUCUUUUGGAACAUGUCUAGCGCUCGACAUUGCAGAAAUGCUAACGGCGCAAGGCGAGGUUGUUGAGGCCUUGGUUCUUUUAGACGGGUCACCUACCCUGUUCAAGAAACCAUCUUUCCAGGCUCACGCUUUGAACGGAAUCCACGAUGGAAGCAUUCGAAACGAUAUCAUAGGAAUCGUGAACGACAUGGUGUCCAGUGGCACUUUGGACAAUUCGGAUGACCUUGGUAUGCAAUUCGAGGAUCAUUUCGAACGUGCGAAAGAGGGUGGAAGCGGCCCUAAAUGGAUUACUCGAUUCUGCACCGCCUACGUUUCCCAUAUCUUGAUGGGCUGCCGUCGCGGUAAAGAGUUCCUGCAAGCGGAAGCUAAAGCCGGUGGAAGGUUGGCGUUUGCAUGGCCUGCAAAGAGGACGGUCUUGGUUCGCGCACUUGAUGGUGUUUCAGCUCAACCAUACGCAGCUGGUAGUUCUGACUACUUCGAUCUCGAUUUAUAUGUCAUGGGUGUAGAGAAGUACGACCUCCCUGGCACACAUUUUGGUAUUCUGUCGCCGAAGUCUGGUUUGGAUGCCAUUCUUGACAGACUUUUUUAAAAUCUCACUCGUUCACUCCUCAACUUCCCUCUAAAUUUAUUAUACCCCAUCCCCUCACCACCACACAAUAUAACACUCACUCUACGCAUUCAAGGACUUCCACAUUUACCUGUAUUGAACAUCCCGUAUUAUAUUUGUAAAUUAUUGGGGAAAACUGGUUAAUCUAUUUCUUUGG